GAGCAGCGGGAGAGAGCAGACUCCCCUGGACCCAGCUGUGUCACCUUGAAGAGCGACUGGUCUAUAGAUCGUCCUCCUGACCUUAAAGAUGGACGCCCCUCCAGAGAGGAGAGGCGACCCCAGGAGAGGUCAAAGGUUACCAGUGCUCAGUCUGUACAGCAGCAUCAAGCAGAGCUGAUCAAGAGGGCUGAGGAGAACGCACACGCUUUUCUAGACAAGGAGCUGAAGAAGCUCUGGAGGGAUCUCUUCCCAGAUUACCCACAAUGCUCAGAGAGUCAGAGGGAGGACGAGGAGGAGGAUGGUAAGAACGAGAAGCAGAGGAGGCGCGCCAUAGAGGGAGUGGUAGACAUCACAAAGCUCUGCCUGAUGGAGAUGAACCAGGAGGAACUGGCCGACAAGCUGGGGAGUGGAGCUGUUGGGGUCCAGUGGCAACAUGAACUCAAGGCUCAUCUGAAGAAGAAGUUCUACUGUGUGUUUGAGGGAAUCGCUAGAGCAGGAGAGCAGAGACCUCUGAAUGAGAUCUACACAGAGCUCUUCAUCACAGAGAGAGGCAGUGGAGAGGUCAACAAGGAACACGAGGUCAGUCUGAUUGAAAAGGCAUCCAGGAAAACAGCCAAUGAGGAAACACCAAUCAGAUGUGAAGACAUCUUUAAACCUGGACAAGAUAAAUCAAUCAGAACAAUGAUGACAACCGGAGUGGCCGGCAUUGGUAAAACUCUCUUAACCCACAAGUUCACUCUGGACUGGGCAGAAGGCAAAGCCAACCAAGACAUAGACUUCGCAUUUCUCCUCACUUUCAGAGAGCUGAAUUUACUGAAAGGGAAAGAGUUUAGCUUACUGGAACUUCUUCAUCGGUUUUCUGUUGAAACCAAAGAAUCAGGAAUCUACAGAUACGACCAUGACCAAGUAGUCUUCAUCUUGGAUGGUCUGGAUGAGUGUCGACUUCCUCUGGACUUCCAGAACAACCCGAUCUGGACUGAUGUCACCGAGCCAACCUCAGUGGAUGUGCUGCUGACAAACAUCAUCAGGGGAGUCCUGCUUCCCUCUGCCCGCAUCUGGAUAACCACACGCCCUGCCGCAGCCAAUCAGAUCCCUGCUGAGUGUGUUGACAUGGUGACCGAGGUGAGAGGGUUCACAGACCCACAGAAGGAGGAGUACUUCAGGAAGAGAUUCAGAGAGGGGACAAUGGCCACCACAAUCAUCUCUCACGUCAAGAAAUCUCGAAGCCUCCACAUCAUGUGUCACAUCCCAGUCUUCUGUUGGAUCACUGCUACAGUUCUAGUGGACUUCUUCAAAACAUCCCAGAGAGGAGAAGAGGUGCCCAAGACCGUGACUCAGAUGUACAGCCACUUCCUGAGGGUUCAGUCCAUACAGGGGGACAGGAAGUAUCGUGAGAGAGCUGAAACGGAUCCACACUGGAGUUCGGAGAGCAGGGAGAUCAUUGUUUCUCUGGGGAAACUGGCUUUUAACCAGCUGGAGAAAGGCCAGCUGAUCUUCUACGAGGCAGACUUGGCAGAGUGUGACAUCGAUAUCAGAGCAGCCUCAGUGUACUCAGGAGUGUUCACCCAGAUCUUUAAAGAGGAGUGUGGACUGUACCAGGACAGGAUGUUCUGCUUCAUCCAUCUGAGCAUCCAGGAGUUUCUGGCUGCCCUUUAUGUCUUUCUGUCCUACAUCAACACUGGUGUCAACCUGCUCUCAGAAGAACAGCCAACCUCCAGGGAUGCUGAACUCCUCCUCUACCAGAGUGCGGUGGACAAGGCCUUACAGAGUGAGAACGGACACCUGGACUUGUUCCUCCGCUUCUUCCUGGGCCUCUCUCUAGAGACCAAUCAGAUGAUCCUACAAGGUCUGCUGGGACCAAGAGGAAGUAAAUUACUGGACAAUCUAACAAAAAACGUUCCAUCGGGGCAGACAGGAAGGAGGUCACAAAUCAAUACCCAAAUAGUCCAUUACAUCAAGGAGAAGAUAGGUGGAGAUCUCUCUCAAGAGAGAAGCAUCAAUCUGUUCCACUGUCUGAAUGAACUGAAUGACAGUUCUCUAGUGGAGGAGAUCCAACAGUACCUGUCAUCAGGAAGUCUCUCCACUGAAUCUCUCUCCUCUGCUCAGUGGUCAGCUCUGGUCUUCAUCGUACUGACAUCAGAAGAGCAGCUGGACGUGUUUUACCUGAAGAAAUACUCUGCUUCUGACGAGGGUCUCCUGGGGCUGCUGCCAUUGGUCAAAGCCUCCAAAACAUCUCUGCUGAACAGCUGUAAGCUGUCAAAGAGAUGCUGUAAAGCUCUGGCCUCAGUUCUCAGCUCCAACUCCCCUAGUCUGAGAGAGCUCGACCUGAGUUCCAAUGAACUGGAGGAUUCAGGAGUGAAGCUGCUCUCUGCUGGACUGGGGAGUCCACACUGUGCACUGGAAACUCUCAGGCUGAAUUCCUGUGAUCUGUCAGAGGGAUGCUGUGAAGCUCUGGCCUCAGCUCUCAGCUCCAACUCCUCUAGUCUGAGAGAGCUGGACCUGAGUUCCAAUCGUCUGAAGGAUUCAGGAGUGAAGCUGCUCUCUGCUGGACUGGGGAGUCCACACUGUACACUGGAAACUCUCAGGCUGAAUAGCUGUCAUCUGUCAGAGCGAUGCUGUGAAGCUCUGGCCUCAGUUCUCAUCUCCAACUCUUCUCGUCUGAGAGAGCUGGACCUGAGUACCAAUGAUCUGCAGGAUUCAGGAGUGAAGUUGCUCUCUGCUGGACUGGGGAGUCCACACUGUACACUGGAAACUCUCAGGCUGAAUGUCUGUCAUCUGUCAGAGAGAUGCUGUGAAGCUCUGGCCUCAGUUCUCAGCUCCAACUCCUCUAGUCUGAGAGAGCUGGACCUGAGUACCAAUGAUCUGCAGGAUUCAGGAGUGAAGCUGCUCUCUGCUGGACUGGGGAGUCCACACUGUACACUGGAAACUCUCAGGCUGAAUUCCUGUGAUCUGUCAGAGGGAUGCUGUGAAGCUCUGGCCUCAGCUCUCAGCUCCAACUCCUCUAGUCUGAGAGAGCUGGACCUGAGUUCCAAUCGUCUGAAGGAUUCAGGAGUGAAGCUGCUCUCUGCUGGACUGGGGAGUCCACACUGUACACUGGAAACUCUCAGGCUGAAUAGCUGUCAUCUGUCAGAGCGAUGCUGUGAAGCUCUGGCCUCAGUUCUCAGCUCCAACUCUUCUCGUCUGAGAGAGCUGGACCUGAGUACCAAUGAUCUGCAGGAUUCAGGAGUGAAGUUGCUCUCUGCUGGACUGGGGAGUCCACACUGUACACUGGAAACUCUCAGGCUGAAUGUCUGUCAUCUGUCAGAGAGAUGCUGUGAAGCUCUGGCCUCAGUUCUCAGCUCCAACUCCUCUAGUCUGAGAGAGCUGGACCUGAGUACCAAUGAUCUGCAGGAUUCAGGAGUGAAGCUGCUCUCUGCUGGACUGGGGAGUCCACACUGUACACUGGAAACUCUCAGGCUGAAUGUCUGUCAUCUGUCAGAGAGAUGCUGUGAAGCUCUGGCCUCAGUUCUCAGCUCCAACUCCUCUAGUCUGAAAGAGCUGGAACUGAGUACCAAUGAUCUGCAGGAUUCAGGAGUGAAGCUGCUCUCUGCUGGACUGGGGAGUCCACACUGUACACUGGAAACUCUCAGGCUGAAUAGCUGUCGUCUGUCAGAGAGAUGCUGUGAAGCUCUGGCCUCAGUUCUCAACUCCAACUCUUCUCGUCUGAGAGUGCUGGACCUGAGUAACAAUGAUCUGCAGGAUUCAGGAGUGAAGCUGCUCUCUGCUGGACUGGGGAGUCCACACUGUACACUGGAAACUCUCAGGCUGAAUGUCUGUCAUCUGUCAGAGAGAUGCUGUGAAGCUCUGGCCUCAGUUCUCAGCUCCAACUCCUCUAGUCUGAAAGAGCUGGACCUGAGUACCAACGAUCUGCAGGAUUCAGGAGUGAAGCUGCUCUCUGCUGGACUGGGGAGUCCACACUGUACACUGGAAACUCUCAGGCUGAAUUGCUGUCAUCUGUCAGAGGACUGCUGUGAAGCUCUGGCCUCAGCUCUCAUCUCCAACUCCUCCAGUCUGAAACACCUGGACCUGAGUUCCAAUGAUCUGAAGGAUUCAGGAGUGAAGCUGCUCUCUGCUGGACUGGGGAGUCCACACUGUACACUGGAAACUCUCAGGCUGAAUUGCUGUGAUCUGUCAAUGGGAUGCUGUGAAGCUCUGGCCUCAGCUCUCAGCUCCAACUCCUCUAGUCUGAGAGAGCUGGAUCUGAGUUCUAAUAAACUGAAGGAUUCAGGAGUGAAGCUGCUCUCUGCUGGACUGGGGAGUCCACACUGUACACUGGAAACUCUCAGGCUGAUUGCCUGUCGUCUGUCAGAGGAAUGCUGUAAAGCUCUGGCCUCAGUUCUCAGCUCCAACUCCUCUAGUCUGAGGGGGCUGGACCUGAGUAACAAUGAUCUGCAGGAUUCAGGAGUGAAGCUGCUCUCUGCUGGACUGGGGAGUCCACACUGUACACUGGAAACUCUCAGGCUGAAUGUCUGUCGUCUGUCAGAGAGAUGCUGUGAAGCUCUGGCCUCAGUUCUCAGCUCCAACUCCUCUAGUCUGAGAGAGCUGGACCUGAGUACCAAUGAUCUGCAGGAUUCAGGAGUGAAGCUGCUCUCUGCUGGACUGAGGAGUCCACACUGUACACUGGAAACUCUCAGGUUGUCUGGCUGCCUGGUCACACAGGAAGGCUGUGCUCCUCUGGCUUCAGCUCUGAGCUCCAACCCCUCCCAUCUGACAGAGCUUGACCUGAGCUACAAUCACCCAGGAGACUCAGGAGCUGCGCUGCUCUCUGCUGGACUGGAGGAUCCACUCUGGAGACUGGACACUCUUAGUGUGGAGCACAGUGGAGUGUGGAGACUGAAGCCAGCUCUAAAGAAGUAUGCCUGUGAACUCACACUGGACCCAAACACAGCCCACAGACGACUCUCUCUGUCUGAGGACAGCAGGAAGGUGACGCGGGGUGAAGAGUACCAGUCGUAUCCGGAUCACCCAGAGAGGUUUGACGUCGCGCACCAGGUGUUGUGUAGAGAGGGUCUGACUGGCCGCUGCUACUGGGAGGUAGAGUGGGGAGGAGGGGUUGGUAUAGGAGUGGCAUACAGAGGAAUGACAAGGAGAGGAGGGGGUGAUGACAGCCUGCUUGGAUGGAACAACAAGUCCUGGAGUCUUGUUUGUGAUGACGACACUGAUGCUGCUCUCUACACUGCCUAUCACAACGGUAGUUCAACAUCCAUACGUCUCCCCCCCCCUCGCUCUAACAGAGUAGGAGUGUAUCUGGACCGGCCUGCUGGCUCUCUGUCCUUCUACAGAGUGUCCCCAGGUGGAGGAGGGUCCUCAGACACACUGACACACAUCCACACCUUCCAGGCCUCCUUCACCCAGGAGGUCCUCCUCCCUGGGUUUAGGUUACAUAAGAGUGGUUCCUCAGUGUCUCUGUGAGUGUCCAUUGUAGAUACACAAACACACACACAGACCCAUGGAAAAGUACACACAUGUAGACAGUCAUAAACACACCCAAACCAACAAACACAUAUGUACAUAGAAAGUAGCACACACAAACAAACACAUCGUUCAUGACUCAAUAAACACACACACACACACACACACACACACACACACACACACACAAACGCAUACAGACUUAAUCACACACACACACACACACACACACACACACACACACACACACGAACGCAUACAGACUUAAUCACACACACACACACACACACGAACGCAUACAGACUUAAUCACACACACAUACACACACACACACACACACACACACACACACACACACACACACACACACACACACACACACACACACACACACACACACACACACACACACACACACACACACACACACACACACACACGAACGCAUACAGACUUAAUCACACACACACACACACACACACACACACACACACACACACACACACAAACGUAUACAGACUUAAUCACACACACACACACACACACACGUACACGUACACACACACACGUACAUGUACACAGACUUAUUUACACAGACAUGCACUCACACACACACACAUCCUUCAUGGAUCUAAACCCACAGCAGGUCUGUGUGCCGGUGGUAAGCAGCAGGUAACAUCAGUGUCUCUCGUGGUUCAUCUCUCAGCCCUCUCUGUGUUCAGCUGGGCUGCUGAGCGUCAGAUUAGAGGGGGCCGCUUGGGUCUGGGGGGUCCUCACAGUCCUGACGUUGUUGAGGAUCAGCUGUUAGGGGGACGUUUGAAUACCUGUGGACCCAUGGACGUACCUGUAGUGCAUCGGGUUGUUGAGCAGCAGCUGUUGGUGCUCUGAGGGGUCAACCCAUUCAGUGGAAGUACAACACUUUGUGUUUGAUUUAAAUACUCCACUGAACUCCAAAUGCUGCAUUUUAUUGGGCUUCUGGAAGGUUCAGCAUAAACCAUGAAAGGAAGAUCUUCCUUUGGUUUAAGCCGGUUGUACAAAGAUUUACUUUCUAAGGUAAAAUGUGUUUUAAAUGUUGAUUGAUUGAUAUUUUACUACAAUAUUUUAUAUAUUUUCAACAUCGUUUUAAAGGAAUCCAAAAUCAGUUUAUAUUUUGCCAUGCCUGACAUGGAACGUGAUUUAAAGCAGAUUUAACAACAUAAUCAUGAAUGAUGAUAAGGGUUUUAUGGGAAAGGGUAACGAUGUUGUAAAUUACUUUCAAAGGAAGAUUGUUUCUUUGUGUUCUGUUGGGAACAAGUCAACAUGUUCAGUCAUUAAAGAUACCUUAUGAUUUGUAAUUGUUCAUAAAUCAUAAUGUUAAUAAACUACUCAGUGGGUCAAAUGAAA